CCGUCACUCUACGUUUAAAUUCGUGUGGAGUUGCUUCAAGCUGGCUUCUUCCCGACGCCACUUCCGGUUCCGAUUUCGCGUCGAGCAAUGGCAGAGCCAGAAGAAGCCAAGGCAGGCAGGCAGGCAGCAGCACGGUCCUCACACUUCUAGCAGCCACCUCUUUCCGCCGGUACCAAAGCGUCACUUGUAGCAUAUCGUUCCCAGCGAUGUCAUCGACGACGGCCACAUCAAUCCCUGGCGCAGGGACAAAUGGCAGGCCCAUAGUCUUCUUCGACGUGGCCAUUGGGGACAAUUCUGCAGGGAGGAUCAAGAUGGAGCUCUUCAGUGACAUUUGUCCUCGUACCUGCGAGAAUUUCCGGCAGCUCUGCGUUGGCUCGCACCGCGUGAACCACAAGCCCAUGGGCUACAAGAACUGCAUCUUCCACCGCAUCAUCCACGGCUUCGUAGCCCAAGGCGGUGACUUCCUCAAUGCAGACGGCUCCGGAUCUUUCUCCAUCUACGGAGACAAGUUCCCAGAUGAGAACUUUAACCUCUCGCAUGAUGCACCGGGCUUGCUGAGUAUGGCAAACAGUGGGCCGAAUACCAAUGGAUGCCAAUUCUUCUUGACUUGUGGACCGGCUGAGUUCCUGGAUGGCAAGCAUACAGUCUUCGGCAAGAUCGUGGAUGGUCUUCUCACGCUACGGAAGAUCGAGAACGUACCGACAGGCGCCAACAACAGGCCGAGGUUACCAGUCCGCAUCACAGAAUGCGGCGAGAUGUAGCAAGCUGGUCGUAGUGGCUCAGUGGAUCGUACAGGUCUCGAGGAGCAAAAGGAUGUCCAUCAGACAGCGGGAGAGCAGUAAUCCGCAUCACAUACCCAUUCAUUGCCCUUGCGGCAUCACGUCAUCUGCUCAUUCAAUGCAUCACAGUGGCAGAGACUCGUGUGUUGUCCAUCUACCUACCAGACGCAUGACCAGAGGAAGAAGGGUGAGGAGUGGAGGCUCGCUCGACGUUGCUCUGGAGCAAGAGGAUCACAUCAGCCGUACGGGACGAACGUGAAGGGAGGUUGAGGGGAGUCGCUGUCGACAUCGACAUACUGUGCUGUAGUUUUCAGUCACGAAAUGCGGAGGACGGCACGUAAGAUAUUGAGCAUGAGGGACCUGUUGCGGUUCUGAGCAGGUGAGAUGGUAGCGCAGUGAUUACCUGUUGCACGCC